AUGAUCCGCUUUAUACUGCUUCAGAACAGGCAGGGCAAGACUCGACUGGCCAAGUACUACGUUCCUCUCGAGGAGUCCGAGAAGCACAAGGUCGAGUACGAGGUUCAUCGGCUGGUCGUCAAUAGGGAUCCCAAAUUCACCAACUUUGUGGAGUUUAGGACCCACAAGGUUAUAUACAGAAGAUAUGCUGGGCUAUUUUUCUCCUUGUGUGUGGAUAUAACCGACAAUGAUUUGGCUUAUUUGGAGAGCAUUCAUUUGUUUGUGGAGAUACUUGAUCACUUCUUCAGCAACGUAUGUGAGCUAGAUUUAGUGUUCAAUUUCCACAAGGUAUACCUCAUACUCGAUGAGUUCAUACUUGCUGGGGAACUACAAGAAACGAGCAAGAAGGCCAUCAUAGAGAGAAUGGGGGAACUGGAAAAGCAGGAAUGA